UGCGCGUCGCCACUCGCGCACUGCUGGGCCUCGGAGCCGGCCUGCGCCUCCCUCGGCUCCGGCGGGCCUCAGGGAGAGGGGUGGAAGAUGUCUAUGGAUGUGACCUUUCUUGGGACAGGAGCAGCAUACCCGUCGCCCACCCGGGGCGCCUCUGCCGUGGUUCUUCGGUGUGAGGGCGAGUGCUGGCUCUUCGACUGUGGGGAGGGCACACAGACCCAGCUUAUGAAAAGCCAGCUUAAAGCAGGGAGAAUCACCAAGAUCUUCAUCACACAUCUCCAUGGAGACCACUUCUUUGGCCUUCCAGGCCUCCUCUGCACCAUCAGCCUGCAGAGUGGCUCUGUGGUCAGCAGGCAGCCUAUUGAGAUCUACGGCCCCGUCGGCCUUCGGGACUUUAUCUGGAGAACCAUGGAGCUCUCUCACACGGAGUUGGUUUUCCCUUAUGUGGUGCACGAGCUGGUUCCUACAGCUGACCAGUGCCCUGUGGAAGAACUAAGAGAAUCUGCACAAAUGGAUGAAGCAGACAGCUCUCCCAAAGGACAAGGACGGACUAUCUUGCUAGAUGCAGAGGAAAACUCCUACUGUCUGGUGGAUGACGAACAGUUUGUGGUAAAAGCCUUCCGCCUCUUCCAUAGAAUUCCAUCUUUUGGCUUUUCUGUCGUGGAAAAGAAGCGCACCGGAAAACUCAGUGCUCAGAAGCUGAGAGACCUCGGUGUCCCACCAGGUCCUGCCUAUGGGAAGCUGAAGAAUGGAAUUUCUGUUGUUUUGGAUAAUGGAGUUACAAUUUCUCCCCAAGAUGUCUUAAAAAAGCCUAUGGUUGGAAGAAAAGUCUGCAUCCUGGGCGACUGUUCUGGGGUCGUGGGUGAUGGGGGAGUGAAGCUGUGCUUUGAGGCAGACCUGCUGAUUCAUGAGGCGACUCUGGACGACUCCCAGAUAGACAAGGCGAAGGAGCAUGGCCACAGCACACCACAGAUGGCAGCGACAUUUGCAAAGCUGUGCCGUGCAAAGCGACUCGUCCUGACUCACUUCAGCCAGAGGUACAAACCAACCGCCUUAGCCAGAGAAGGGGAGGCAGACGGCAUUGCGGAACUGAAAAAGCAAGCCGAGUCCGUGCUGGAGCUCCAAGAAGUGACUCUAGCGGAAGAUUUUAUGGUGAUUGGCAUUCCGAUCAAGAAGUGACACGCACGCUCCCGAGUGCGUUAGUGUGGACGUGGUAUGGAUGCGUUACCAGACCUGCACUACAGACUCUUUUGUUUCUUAAAAUUACUUUGGCCCUAACAAUCCUAAAGAUGGAGCUGGAUUGCUGAGCUGACUCAGUAGUGAGAGGGAACAA